AUGUUGUUAAAUGACUCGAUCUUUGGGAUCUUCUUUUUCUACCAGACUGCCUUUGGCUUUCUAGGCAACUCAACAAUGCUGAUGGUGUAUCUCAAAGCUUUCGUGACUCAACCCCAGCAGAAGAAAACCAUAGACCUGAUCCUCACCCACUUGACCAUGGUCAACACUGGGACACUUCUCACCCGUGGGGUCCCAGAAAUGUUGGUUGCCUUUGGGAUGAAAGACAUUCUGAGUGAUGCUGGGUGUCAGAGUCUCAUGUACAUUAACAGAGUGUGUCGUGGUCUUUCCAUCUGCACCACUUGUCUCCUAAGCAUGUUCCAGGCCAUCACCAUCAGUCCAAGCACCUCCUACUGGGCUCGGCUCAAAUCCAGAGCCCCCAGUUACAUCCUCCCUUCCUUCCUCUUCUUCUGGGUCCUCAACAUGCUGAUCUACAUCCACGUGAUUACCUCCACUAGAAGCAUUAGAAAUGUCACUAUCGUGAGUCGUGGAUAUUUCUCAAAAUACUGUGUCGCUGACCGUAGUGGGAAUAUGAUCCAAUCGUUUACCUUUCUAUGUGCCAUGACUGUCCGAGAUCUCGUCUUUGUGCUCCUCAUGAGCUGGGCCAGCGGCUACAUGGUGACUGUGCUCUAUCGACACCGUAAACAAGUCCAGCACAUCCGUGGGGCCAGCCUCUCCCCCAGAUCCUCUGCAGAGACCAGAGCCACCCACAUCAUCCUGCUCCUGGUCUCCUGCUUCGUUUGUUUUUAUUGCAUCAACAGCGGCAUUACCCUGUACGUGACGUAUGCAAUCCAAAGAGAUGCUGAUAUGGAAAGUGUUGCGACAUUCUUCUCCGCUUGUUACCCUGCCCUCUGCCCCCUGGUCCUGAUCAGCAGUGAUCCCCGGAUCACCAAGACCCACUGCCCCCUGGGGAAGGAGAGACAUCCCUCCCUUUCCAUGAACCCCACAGCUGACCGGGUCAUUGCCAAGGACUAA